GUGGGGCGGGAGUUGCUAGGGACAGUUCCCGGGAGCCCCGAGGCCGCCGGGGGGCAGGGCUCCCGGUGACGGAGAUGGGGGUGUCCGCUCUGUCUUCUACGUGGAAACCCCGAAGGCCCCUUCAGGCGCCGUAGACACUUCCUGGGGCCCAACGGAAGGUCGUGCCCGUCCACAACGUCCUCCAUUCUUGUCCUGGGCAGUCCAACCCAACCCUCCCCGGCGGUGUCGGGGCCAGCGGAGCGUCGGCGGGGAAUGCCCUCCAGUCUCGGGCAGGGCUGGGGAGAGGCAGCCUGGGCCUGGGCCUAAGCGCUGGGAAGGUGAAGCUGCCCUGGGUCGGAGGAGAGCUUGUAAUGGAGUGGUUCUUCGUCUCACACUAACAAGAUGCCUGAUUACCUCGGGAUCGAGGGAUUGAAGGAUGUCCCGUGUUCCCUUGGGAAAAGUCCUCCUGAGGAAUGUCAUCCGGCACACAGAUGCUCACAAUAAGAUUCAGGAGGAAUCAGAUAUGUGGAAAAUAAGAGAACUAGAGAAGCAGAUGGAAGAUGCUUACCGGGGGAACAAAAGGAAAAUGCUACCCAGCAGUUCAAGCCGGAUGCGUAGUGAUGGCUUUGAUGAAGAAGGUCAUAGAGAGUACUGGAAGCCAAAGAAUGAAAUUUCUGGGACACUGGAGGACGAUUUUCUUAAGGCUAAAUCCUGGAACAAGAAGUUAUAUGAUUAUGAAGCUAACAUGCCAGACAGAUGGGGUCACAGUGGUUAUAAAGAAUUAUACCCUGAAGAAUUUGAAACAGACAGUAGUGAUCAUCAAGAUAUUACCAAUGGGAAAAAAGCUUCUCCCCUAGUAAAGUCAUCAACUCAUGAAUCUCACAAACACAAGAAGAAGAAAUCCCACAAAAAGAAGCAGAAAAAACGGUCACACAAAAAACAGAAGAAAAGCAAAAAGGAAGCCACAGAUGUAACAGCAGAUUCAUCAAGUGAGUGCUCAGACGCUGGAGCUUCUAGUACCAAGAAACGGAAACAACCACAUAAGCGCAAGAAAAAAUCCAGGAAAAAGUCUCUCAAAAAACCUGCUUCGAUCAUAGAAGCAGAAAAUGACACUUCACAGUCAGACGAUUCAGCAUCUAGCAGCUCUGAGGAGAGUGAGGAAAGAGACACUAAGAAGACCAAAAGGAAAAGGGGGGAUAAAGUCCAUAUUCCUGUAGCUAACAAUGAAAUACAGCAGAGGACAAACAAACGCACAAAUUGGAAAGUGGCUACAGAUGAAAGGUCUGCUGAGAGCUCAGAGGAUGACUAAAUGGGAAAGAAAUUGUUUCUCAAGUGACUGGAGAUUGACAGCACUGGAUGCCUUGGGGUUUUGCCAGUGACUCAUUCACUGCAGAGGGUCAGAGCUGUUUUGUGCCAUCUGUAUGUGUUCUGACAGCCUUCUUGUCUUCUAUUUAAGCCUGUUAAACCUGAUCCCCACUUGUUAGUGGAGAAUCUGGUAUUAUGUUACGAAGGCUUCUUGAAGAGAUUAUUUUUGGUGAUUAAUUACCUAUAGUAUAGAGAAUAUAUAUCCCAAACUAAUAGAAAGCUGAACCUAAUAAUGGCCUGUAUACACAUGAGAAUGUUGAAUUUGGAGAAACAAAUGGCUGGGAUCAGGAGGUGGAUUGGAGCCAUCACUGAAUAGAACAGAAUGAUGGGAACACAGCAGGUUUCACAGCUGACCUGUUUUCAUGCUAGGUGCUUUGAUCCUUCUAUGUUUUGACCCUACAGUUGUGGUCCAGUUUAUUUAAUGAAGAAACUGGCCUAGGAACAUACCUUUUCUCUUUGUGGUAACAUUCAUUGACUUGUUGCUAGAAGGGACUAGGAUUUUCCCAAAUUUCCCUGCUGGACGGGGUCAAGAGCUAGUUAAUAUACCCCACUCCCCAAACACGGUAAUUGGGUGGUAAGUAGUUUUCUAGUUACAUUGCUCUAUGUUUAAAUGGAUGUGUUUGAGAUUAUUUCUUCAGUUGUAGAAAGUGAGAAAGCAUUAGGAACAUCUGUCUUAACGCUGUCCUGAACAGGAUUCAGGGCAGCAAGUGCCAUUUGAAUGUUAUCUUCCUUGUUUAUUUCUAAAUUUUAUUACUGAUUUUAAAGAUUUCCCUGAAACUAAGUUAAUCAUUUUAAAAAUGGAAACAGGCUUCUCAGGGACAUUACCAUUUCUUCCAGUCUGCCAUUAAGAGUUUAAGCACCAAGCAGAGGCCACAUCAUUUCCCCUUGCUGUACUGUUGACCCCUACUGUGCGUAAACCAGGCUACCCCUGAGAAGGCUGGCAGAACACACGUGAAACUUGGUGAAGGGAGAAAACAUCAAGUGACCUUCACUGUUGUUUAUCUCUGGCUGUCACUUAAUGGGCUGAGUAAAAAUCUUGCAAACUCAGUCUCUUGUUCUUGGUUCUGCCAGUAAUCAGUUGUUAAGUUACAGUGCAGGUAAGUGAUCCUCCCCGGCCUCACUUCCCCAACGAAAUAGAUACUUCAUGCUAGCAUGACUGUUUAACACCAGCAAUAGAAUACAACUACGACAGCAUUCCAUGAAGUGGUAUUUCAUAGUCCUCACUACCACGUUUGUUCUUUAUGAAACAGAUUUCUAAUAAAGUGCUUGGUUUUA